CUUGUACUUAAUUUUUGGGAUCCCGAUUUAGAAAUCAAAAGGUAUCCUCUUGCCUCCUCCUCGUCUGCUUCAUCCCCUCUCUAAUGGGCUCAUCUACAGAAAAAGCUCGGUCCUACUCGUGGGCUAGUGUACGCGUCUUCUGGGACGUCGAGGAUUUCCCAGUCCCUGAGGGUCGCGAUUUGUGUGAUUUUUAUGAUCAAGUCAAUCGAGUUCUUCAAAUUGAGAGUUAUGUUACUGACCUGUCAAUCUAUGCUUAUACUCGCGACAAUGCUCUGAAGGGGCCCUUUGCCAUGGCCGAGAUCCAGCUCGCAUGCGUAAGAUUGGAAAAACGUUCGAGACUCAAUAAGAUGAUAAUUGACAUGAUUGCGUGGGCAUACCAGAAUGCUAUUGCCCGUGAAACGAUUUUUAUCCUAGUUGCAAAGGACAUCCCAGAGGUAGAAACGGAUUUUGACCGCGUUCUUAAAGAACUGGCAGGAAGAGGUUACCAUAUUUUCUUGGUAGUGCCUGAUGACUUCCCACUAGCAGAAGCUCCAUCUGAUGAAAUUAUAGAAUUGAUAUGGCGUUGGACGGAGCUGUUUGAUGGCAAGUUCCCUAUUGAAGAUUUUGGUGAGGAUUCCGAAAAUGAUGACGAUUGUCCUCACGAGAAACGUCCGAGAAUUGAUGCUCCUGGUGGUGGUUCUAGCUAGCUAUCUAGCUUCUCUGCGUUUUAAAAUGAUACUUUGGUAUUGUGUUUCACAUUAUCUUUCUUGUCUCUUAAACUCUCUGAUACUAGCUAUCUUUCUUGUCACCUUAUAUAUUAUUGGGUUUAAUUGUAACAACAAGAAGAAAAAUGUACUGGGAGCAAGAAAAGAAGUAAAGGACCUGAGGUGAUGGUGAUAAUAUCAUGUAUUUAUAGUCGCCAAUAAAACCAGGAACUCAUGCAUAGAGAUUGUAUUGUCCUGGCCGUAUUCCACUUAUGUACAAGAAUCCUUCUUCAUCUGUUACUUAUGUACAAGAAUCCUUCUUCA